AUGCUCAUCGACGGCUUUUCCACAACCCUAUGGGCUCUCGUGCCCGCGGCGUUGAUCAGCUUCUUGGUCCACGCCUGUCUGCCACGGUUGAUAUUGCAAUGGAGGCUGAGGCACAUCCCCAUCGCAAAUAAGAAGCCCGGCGAGUGGUCCGACCAGAAAGCCAUAGACCGGGCUCAGACCAACGCCAAGGAAAUCAUCAAGGAAGCUUUCGUCAAGUACCGGGAAAGGCCAUUCCAGCUCAUCAGCCAAGUUGGGCGCCGCGUGAUCCUGCCUCCCCAUUUAAUUGAUUCUGUGAAGUCGGACAAUCGUCUCAGCUCUUCUGAAAGUCUGAGAAAUGCGUUUUCCAUCAACCUCCCCGGUUUCGGCGGUCUACUAGAGCCGACGGAGCCUGGCAACCCCAACAUGUUCUCUCUCAUGGUCCGUCAAGCCAUGACCCAUAACCUGAGCAGGUUCACGGAGGUUCUGGUAGAAGAGAGCCGCACCGCCCUCGCCAAAGAAUGGGGCAUGGACGAGGAAUGGCACGAAGUUGACGCGCUCAAGACGGCGCGCAAGAUCGUCGCGACGCUCUCGGCCAAGGUCUUCCUUGGCGACGAGGCUGCCCACAACGACGAAUGGCUAAACAUUACGAUUGACUAUACCGUCAAUCUCUGCCUGGCUCAGAGACAACUGCGCCACUUCCGCGGAUGGUCUCGUCUCCUUGUGCACUGGUUCCUGCCCAGGUGCAUCAAGCUGCGCCAGCAGUACAACCGCGCGGCGACUGUCAUAGCCCCCAUCCUCAAGAAGCGCAGGGAGCAGAUUGACCUGGCUGAGAAAGGUCUGGGGAAGAUGCCCAACGACGCAGUCGGCUGGAUGCACGAAGUCUCCAAGGGGAGGAAAUACGACCCCGUCGGUGUGCAGCUUGGUCUAUCCAUAGUGGCGCUGCAUACCAGUUCUGACCUCUUGGGGCAUGUCCUGGGGAAUCUGUGCAAACACCCCGAGUAUAUCGACCGCUUGCGAGAGGAAGCUCUCGAAGUCCUCGGCGAGCACGGCUGGCACAAGACUUCGCUCUACAAGCUGAAGCUCAUGGACAGCGUGCUGAACGAGAGUCAACGCGUGGUGCCCGCAAGCAUGACCAUGAUGGGCCGUAAAAUUACGGAAGACAUGACACUGGCCGACGGCACAUUCCUCCCUCGAGGGGCCAUGGUGGCCGCCAUGGCUCACCGCCAGUGGGAUCCCAAGAUCUACCCGAAUCCGCUUGAAUGGCAAGGCGACCGCCACGUGAAGAUGCGCGAGGAAGAGCCCAGCCGCGGAUCGGCCAAGGGGAACGCGGCGCAGUUUGUCUCUACGAGCGCCGAGCACCUGGGGUUCGGCCACGGCUCCCAUGCCUGCCCCGGCCGAUUCUUUGCCUCGAACGAGCUGAAGCUGGUCCUGGUGGAGAUCAUCUCUGCCUACGAUUUUGGGUGCGCCAACGAAGGGGGAGUUCCGCCGCCACUUUCACUCGCUACCGAGUGGCUGGCCAACCCUGAGCUGAAGCUGCGUGUGCGGAGGAGGAAGAUUCCGAUUCUUGAGUCGGUAGAAGAAGACCUGGUACGUAGGUAG